AACGUGUACCCAACUACCCACACCUCCAGAUACCUACAGACACCGCAGAACACACCGAAGAGAUCGCGCCAGAGCUUCAGAGCUUUAUUCCGUGACCAUUGCCACAUAAAAACAUCUCCAUGGCAUCACCGCAGGGGGGUUAUCCUCCCCAGGAAGGGUACGGGCAGCCGGUUGGGUACGGAACUCCGCCGCCUCCCUCCGACCCUGCUGCUACUGCUCCUGCUCCUCACGCGGCCCAUGGCGGGAAGAAGAAGCGGGUCUAUGCCGGGCAGGCGUUCGAGCUUGGAUCUGGUGCCAAUGCCGCGUUGGGAGGUCAGCAGCAGGGUGGUGGAAGCUAUGGCGCCUAUCCUCCGGCGCCCGCUGCGGGCUACCAGCAACCGAUGUACGGCGUCGAUCCAAACCAGGGCCAACCUGCCGUUGCAGGCUACGCUCCGCCAGCCCCCUCGGGCGUCGCGCAGAUGACCCAGCAGUUCGGCGCAAUGGGGAUGGCAGACCAGCAACAAGCAGCUCCGCAACCAGUGCAGGUGCCUCAGUCUGUUCCGCUCAACCAACUCUAUCCCACGGACCUUUUGGCACAACCUUUCAACGUUGCUGAGCUCGACUACCCUCCGCCGCCCAUCAUUUUGCCUCCGAAUACCAGUGUUUAUCCCUCCCCACAUGCGAACUGUCCUCCUAAGUAUGUCCGGUCUACUCUCAACGCUGUUCCGACCACCUCUUCCCUUCUGAAGAAGUCGAAGCUCCCCUUUGCUCUGGUCAUCCAGCCCUACGGCGCCCUUCAUGAUGCGGAAGACUCAGUUCCAGUCAUUCCCGACCAGGUGAUCUCGCGGUGUCGCCGCUGCCGCUCAUACAUCAACCCGUUCGUUACCUUCCUCGACCAUGGACACCGCUGGCGUUGCAACAUGUGUAACCUCACAAAUGACGUCCCUCAGGCGUUUGACUGGGAUACCACCGUCCAGAAACCGGCGGACCGCUCCCUCAGGGCGGACCUCAACCAUGCCGUGGUGGAGUUUGUUGCCCCGCAGGAGUACAUGGUCCGGCCUCCUCAGCCGCUGGUCUACCUGUUCUUGAUCGACGUCAGCUACGCCUCAGUUGCCAAUGGUCUCCUGGCAACCAGCGCACGCUGCAUCAAGGAGAGUCUCGAUCGGAUCCCCAAUGCGGACCGACGGACUCGCCUGGGGUUCAUUGCCGUGGACUCCAGCCUUCAUUACUUUUCCAUCCCCAGAGAUGGCUCUGAAAGCUCCGACCCUCAGAUGCUGGUGGUGAGCGACCUGGAUGAGCCUUUCCUGCCUAUCCCGGGAGAUCUCCUUGUGACCCUGAGCGAGUGCCGUGAGAACAUCGAAGUCUUCCUGGACAAGCUGCAGGAGAUGUUCCAGAACACACAGAACAAUGGGUGUGCGAUGGGCUCGGCUCUCCGCGCCGGUUACAAGCUGAUCGCUCCAGUUGGAGGAAAGCUGUCUGUUCUUACUUCCUCUCUUCCUAAUGUCGGACAUGGUAUCCUCGCGGUGAGAGAAGACAAAAAGGUUUUGGGUACGAGCAAGGAAGGCAGUCUGCUGCAAACUGCCAACAGUUUCUACAAGAGCUUUGCUGUGGAGUGCUCUAAGGCCCAGGUUUCCGUCGACAUGUUCCUGUUCUCUUCUCAAUACCAGGAUGUGGCCUCCCUCAGCAACCUUCCCAGAUACACCGGUGGUCAAACCUACUUCUACCCUGGCUGGAACGCUGCCCGCAGUGAGGAUGCCAUCAAAUUCGCCCGCGAGUACUCCGAGUACCUUUCGUCCGAAAUCGGCCUGGAGGCUGUCCUCCGCGUGCGAGCUACCACCGGCCUGCGGAUGAACUCCUUCUACGGCAACUUCUUUAACCGUAGCUCGGAUCUCUGUGCGUUCCCUGCGUUCCCCCGUGAUCAGGCCUACGUGGUCGAGGUUGCCAUCGAUGAGACCGUCACGAAGCCUGUGGUGUGUCUGCAGUCCGCUGUUCUGCACACCACCUGCAAUGGUGAGAGAAGAAUCCGUGUUCUGACACUGGCCCUCCCGACCACUACGAAUCUGGCGGACAUCUACGCAUCGGCGGAUCAGCAAGCCAUCACUACCUACUUCAGUCACAAAGCCGUUGAACGCGCACUAGGAAGUGGGUUGGAACCUGCCCGGGAAGCCCUCCAGGCCAAGGCUGUUGAACUGCUGUCGACAUACCGCAAGGAACUGGCCGGCGGCAGUGUGAGCGGUGGCGGACUCCAGUUCCCAGCGAAUCUCCGUGGAUUACCCGUUCUCUUCCUUGCCCUAAUGAAGAAUAUCGGUCUUCGGAAAUCGGCCCAAAUACCCACCGACCUGCGGUCGGCUGCUCUCUGCUUGCUCUCGACGCUCCCCCUUCCGCUCCUCAUCCAGUACAUCUACCCCAAGAUGUUCUCUCUCCAUGACAUGCCCGACAACGCCGGUCUUCCUGACGAGCAGACGGGCGAAAUAAUUCUCCCACCUCCCACCAACCUGUCAUCGGAGCGACUUGUCCCGUACGGCCUGUAUCUGAUUGAUGACGGACAGGCCCAGUUCCUGUGGGUGGGACGCGACGCGGUGCCGCAGCUGCUGGGCGACGUCUUUGGCGUGAGCGACAAGGCGCAGCUUCGGGUAGGCAAGCAAAACCUGCCGGAGCUGGACAACGACUUCAACCAGCGUGUGCGCGCGGUGAUCGAGAAGAGCCGGGAUCACCGGGCCAAGGGCUGCGGCAGUAUCGUCGUGCCACACCUGUACGUGGUCAAGGAAGACGGGGAUCCUGCCCUGCGGCUGUGGGCCCAGUCAAUGCUGGUGGAGGACCGGGCGGACCAGACUGUCAGCCUGACACAGUGGAUGAGUUCGUUGCGGGAAAAGGUUUGAUAACCCCCCCAUUUCCUCCUGAUUAGUUUCUCCCAAUUAUCAGUUGAGCAUUGGGUCUUUUAUGAUUUUCUACGCAACGAGCCAAAAUCUUAGGGACUGACGAGCCUUUCUUCUCCCCGUCCGUACAGGUUGUCCAGUAAUGACACUAGCCUCUAGCUCAUUGGGUAAAUCCCCGAAACCAAACCGUACGAGGGUUUAGGUAUAUUCACCAAUUCUACGAAAUUCUCUGUUUUUUUAAUUUUUUUUUCUCCCCCCCUCUCUCUCUC